GCUGAGCGGCGCAGCGAGUGCGGAGGGCGGGCGCCGGGAGGGUUUUGGCCAAAUUGGGAGAGGGCACAAAAUAACCACUUACCCCUUCUCACCGAGGAAGAACGGGAGAAAGGGCAUGGCGCAGUCACAAGGCUGGGUGAGAAGGUACCUCAAGGCCUUUUGUAAAGGCUUCUUUGUGGCAGUACCUGUGGCAGUGACUUUCUUGGAUCGAGUUGCCUGCGUGGCAAGAGUGGAAGGAGCAUCGAUGCAGCCUUCUUUGAAUCCUGGGGGCAGCCAGUCAUCUGAUGUGGUGCUUUUGAACCACUGGAAAGUGAGGAAUUUUGAAGUACAACGUGGUGACGUUGUGUCAUUAGUUAUUUUUGAAGACAUUGCUAUAAAUAUGCUUCCAUUGCAUAGAAGAUACAAGAUACACAAACAUGAGCGGGUGCUUAGUGAUUAAUUGAAGACUUCCUGCUGUUUUCUGAACAUUUGUUAACACAUAUUUGUGAGUAUUUUACCCUUGAUCUUCUUAUUUUGAAUCAAUUCACCUUUUUUCUUCUCAAGUAUUUACCUUGUACUUCUUUGUGAUUAACCCACAUUUAAGGGAUGACAAGUGAACUGAUCUUUAGUUCAUUUCUCCAAAUAUCUGCUUCUCUCAAAUUUGUGAUAGAAGCACAUAAGAACAAAUCUUAGUUAUCAUUAUUUUAUUGAUGUUCUGGCAGUUUAUUUAGUAGCCUUCAUGCCAAAGUGAUGGGGUUUAAUAAUAAUACGCUAUUGUACUAGAAAAAAAAAUGCUUUGUUUAAUUAUUGGUUCAAAUAGCCUUUGGAAAAAGGUGUUUUAGAGAUGUAUAGGGGCGUAUAUUUUGUACCAGAGUAAUCAUUCACUCUGUUGUUUAAGCAAGUAAGUUACUUUAAAUAAGCUCAUAAUGAGUUUUUAAUUUAUAGAGUAAUGAAUCAGUAGGGCAAAGAGAGGUGCAAAGUCUUAGAAGAAUUUGCCUUGUAUAAUAACUGAAGAAUCACUUGAGUAAAAUCCCCACUGAACUAGCUUUUGUUGGAUGAAAGAAUGCAAUUAUAUUAAAAAUGAAUACUUCAGUGUAAUAUGAAACCGAUGCUGCCUGAAUUAUUAUGUGCCAAAUUAGGUUGCUGUAAACAAUAACAAAAUGGGUGACUGUGCAAAUGAAAGCACUGAGUUAUUUAAACUUGCUGUAGCAUGUUUAAUGAGAUGCAGUGAAAGCAGAAAAUGUUUAAUUUAGUAACGGGUGACCUGAAUCAAUCUGUCCUACAGAAUGACAGGCUUUGGAUUAAUUUUCAGUUAAAACAAAAUAACUGAAUAACCACCCUUAUUAAUAUGUAAUGUAGACUAUUGCACAUUAUUCUCUUUUAGUAAGAGAAACAGCAUCUUUCAGGAGGAAUUAUAAGUUCCACAUGAAACGCUGCUAACCAAAUUAAGUCUUGUUUUUUUUUCCUUAGAGAAUCUGGCAAUGCUUUGUGUUUCUGGUUGGAUUAUAUUAAGAUCAUAAUCUAAUAAACCCCUUGAAGGAAAAACUUGUGGUAUUUGUCUGGAAUAUAAUUGUGUAAGUCUACUCUAUUUUUAUUAAUUAUAGGCAGUAGAAGGUGAUUAAAUUAAAAUGAUAGACUCCUUUCAUAUUUAGACAGAUCUGUGGAGUUGAUGGUCUACCCAGGUAUUUUUUAGUUAAAUACCUGAAAUAGCUUCUUGCCCUUGUGUUUUCCUUCUUUUAGAGUCAUCUCAGUUCAGGAAUUUUGAAAACUUCCUUCUCAGUGGGUGUGAAUUCACUACUACACCAUGAUAUGUUUGUUUGAUACAGGGCAGAGAGUUAAAUUCUUGAAGGGCUGUUUUGCAUCACUUGAGGGACACUGAGUUUUAUAAGUUUCCUGUGAUAUGGAAAAACACUUCACAUUUUUACUCAAAUUAAAAAACUUUUCACUCUAGGCAGACUCUAUAAACAAUGGACAUAAAGUGAACAUCUAUGUGAUAAUGAGAAGCUGCAAAUAUCUUUUAAAAAUGAAACCGUUUGUUUGUGAAAGUGAAGUGCAUUUUACUGUCUUAAUCCUCCUUUAAUGGGAGGUUUCUUUGAUAUAUUUUACUCAUUUGGAGUUGGUUUCCAAACUGAGUUAGAAGAAAUAAUAUGUAGUAUCUUACACAAUGAACCAAAAUGUGUCUCAAAAGUCAUACUUAUAACCACUUUAGUGUUAGGAAUGUUAUGAUAUUUCUGUGUCUAAAUUACACACAAUUGUGUAAGUAUGGUAUUUUUAUAUAAUACUGAAUAUUAGAGUCAAACAUUAUUUUGCAGAUUCAAAAAUUAUUAUAGUUCACAUGUGCAGCAGUUGGAGGUGUGGGACCUUAAAUCUGGUUUAAAGGCAAAAC